UACAUCUACAUUUGCCGUUUUUUUUUUUUUUUUUUCCUUUUACUCCAUGUACACAUCUUGUUACUAUCGCCACUUCUAGUCAGUUGUGUGUGUGUGUGUGUGUUUGUGUUUGUGUGGUGCAUUGAAUGCCAGAGGCCGCAGCAAGCGUCCUUGAGGGAGAACAGCGUAACAGAUUAACUGGAGUGUGACGAGGUGUAGGUGGUGCAGUAGGUGUACUGUUUGUGUGGUGUACUCGCAUCAGGGAGGUGCUGGCGACGGCAGGUGCCCAUGACAGCCGCUUUAACAUGUUAUCACUAACUCGAUGAUGAUCGUAGUACUGUUGUUUAGUUGUGGUGCCAAGGCCAUCCAGGCGCUCCGCUGCCAGACGUGCUCCUCGCCUCUAAUCCUCCUCCACGCCUCGCUGACGUGUAUGGGCUGCGCGGUGCGAGAACAGACGUAGCUCAGGUACGGGUGACACUGAGAGCGUGUUAUCCGAAACAGGCGCUACGCCAGGACUGUCAGGACCCGUACGGUAUUUCUGUGGCCAGACGUUGCCGGACCGCGGCUUGACAACUAGCUGGCAGCAAGUGACCGUAUCACCGAACAGUCGACAGUCAGCCCGAUCCACUAUACAGCUCACUGGCGCCAGCGUUACCAUGGCUGCCCUACACCUGACGAAGUGGCUGACGCGUCGAGUGUUUGGGGCAGGGCUGCGUGCAGGGGGCGUGGGGUUGUGUGGCAGACGGUACAGUGUACCCGCGGGUCCUGCUGGAAGCUACGAUGAUUUGCACCGCCGCUCCCUGGCUGAGCCUGAACAGUUCUGGGACGAGGUGGGCCGGGUGGUAGAGUGGCACAAGCCUUACGAGCGUGUCCUGGAUGACUCGCGGCAGCCCUUCACGCAGUGGUACACCGGCGGCCUGCUCAACACGUGCCAUAACGCCGUGGACCGGCACGUGGCGGCGGGGCGCGGCGACCAACUGGCGGUGAUCCACGACUCCCCCAUCACGGGCAGCCUUUCCUCUCUCACCUUCUCUCAGCUGCAGGAGGCUACGGCGCGCCUGGCGGGGGGCCUAGCUCGCCUGGGCGUGACGCGCGGCGACACGGUGCUCAUAUACAUGCCCAUGGUGGCCGAGGCCGUGGUGGCCAUGCUGGCCGUUACGCGCCUCGGGGCUGCCCACUCCCUCGUGUUCGGGGGGUUCGCCGCUCCCGAGCUGGCCACCCGCAUCUCACAUCUGCAGCCCCGCGUGGUGCUGGCUGCCUCGUGCGGCGUGGAGCCCUCCAGGCACGUCGAGUACAAGCCCAUCCUGGACCAGGCCAUCGAGCUGGCCACACACAAGCCUCAACACUGCGUACUGCUGCAACGCGAGGGACUCCCGCAGGCCACGCUCACGCCGGGCCGCGACCACGAUUGGCAGGAGCUGGUGGCCACCUCUUCCCCGCACGAUGCUGUACCCGUGCCCUCAGACCACCCCUGCUACAUACUGUACACCUCGGGCACCACGGGCCAGCCCAAGGGCGUGGUGCGGCCCACGGGCGGGCACGCGGCCGUGCUGACGUGGACCAUGCAGGCCAUCUAUGGCAUAAACACGGGUGAGGUGUGGUGGGCAGCCUCUGAUCUGGGCUGGAUCGUGGGGCACUCGUACAUCUGCUACGCGCCCCUGCUGGCGGGCGUUACCACCGUGGUGUACGAGGGCAAGCCUGUGGGCACGCCGGACCCCGGCCAGUUCUUCCGCGUGGUGGCGCAGCACGGCGUGUCUGGCAUGUUCACGGCGCCCACCGCCCUGCGCUCUAUCCUGCAAAAGGACCCUGACGGCGUCUACUCCCGCGCCCACGACAUCUCCAGCCUGCGCAGCCUCUUUGUGGCCGGGGAGCCGUUGGAUCACGAGACGAGGGUGUGGGCUGAGGGCGCCUUCGGCACGCCCGUGCUGGACAACUGGUGGCAGACGGAGACCGGGUUUGCCAUCACGGCGCACUGUGUGGGGCUAGGCAUGACGCAGCGGCCCCCGCGCGGCGCUUCAGGCAAGGCAUUCAUGGGGUUCGACGUGCGGGUGCUGCGCGAGGAUGGUAGCGAGGCGGGGGUGGGUGAGCUGGGCCGCCUGGCGUGCCGCCUACCGCUGCCGCCGGGCUUUAUGAGUACCCUGUACCGUGCCCCGGACCGCUUCACAGACACCUACUUUACCAAGUUCCCGGGUUACUACGACACUAUGGACGCCGGUGUGGUGGAUGCCCAGGGGUACGUGGGCGUGCGAGCGAGGGACGAUGAUGUGAUAAACGUGGCGGGUCACCGCCUGAGCACGCUGGCCCUGGAGGAGGCCAUGCUGGUGCAUCCUCGCGUGGUGAGCGCCGCCGUGGUGGGCCUGCCGGACCAGCUCAAGGGUGAAGUGCCGCUGGGCCUGUUUGUGGUGGACGGCGAGAUAGGGGAGGAGGAGGCAGAUGAGGUAGGGAGGGAAGUGGUGCAGACGGUGCGUGAACAGGUUGGGCCCGUGGCGGCCUUCAGGCUGGCCGUGCCCGUACCUGGCUUGCCCAGGACACGCUCGGGCAAGACGGCCAGAAAGAGCAUCAAGGACCUGGCCUGCGAGAAACACAUCAAAGUAGGGCCCACCGUGGAGAACCCCGCCGUUUAUCUCGCCAUCCUGGCCGCCCUGCGCCGCUACGGCAUUGCCCUCAACGCCCCGGACCCGCAGAUGCCCUCCUAAUACCCGCCUGCCCCAUCCCACAUUGCCACAUUGCACGCUUUCUCCCUCACCAUCCCGGCCGUGUGUGUGUGUGUGUAUGUGUGUGUGUGUCAUGAAGAAUUGUCUAUAGCAUUUAUUAUGUCAGCCUGUAUAGCCAUGGAAAAGAGAUGCUGUGUAGGAGUGAACCAUGAUAUUUUGUUUCCUUGAAUGCUUAUCAGUGUGUAUGUGUGUGUUUGUGUGUGUAACGUUUGCAUGCCUCAGCUACUAAGAAAAUAAUAAAAUAAAAUUAAUAAAGUCAUUAUAAUUCA